AACUUCACAAUCACCUUCUUCUCCUCCCCCCAUUAUUCCACCAUUCUGAAACCCACCUAAUUUCUUCAACAAUUCUUCAUUUCAAUCCCAAAUCAACAUCUUCAAUCCAUGGAUCAAAGACAAAGAAACCCAAAAAUCAUCCCAGAACAGCAACCACCACAACGGCAGCAGGACGAUCAAUUAGAUGAUACUAGUCUUGCUGGCCCUUUUCCAGUUGAACAACUUCAGGCGUCUGGAAUUGCAGCCGUUGAUGUAAAGAAGCUGAAAGAUGCCGGUUUCUAUACAGUUGAAUCUGUUGCAUACUCUCCUAGAAAAGAGCUUCUGCAAAUUAAAGGAAUCAGUGAAGCUAAAGUGGAUAAGAUUGUUGAAGCAGCUUCCAAAUUGGUCCCUUUGGGUUUCACUAGUGCAGGCCAAAUCCAUGCUCAGAGACAAGAAAUAAUUCAGAUAUCUUCAGGGUCUAAAGAGCUUGACAAGAUAUUAGAUGGAGGAAUUGAGACUGGAUCUAUUACUGAAUUAUAUGGCGAGUUCCGCUCUGGAAAGACUCAGCUUUGUCACACUUUAUGUGUUACUUGCCAACUUCCAUUAGAUCAAGGUGGUGGUGAAGGGAAGGCGAUGUAUAUUGAUGCUGAAGGUACAUUUAGGCCACAAAGACUUUUACAGAUUGCCGACAGGUUUGGAUUGAAUGGGAAUGAUGUUUUGGAGAAUGUAGCUUAUGCAAGGGCGUACAAUACAGAUCAUCAGUCUAGGCUGUUGCUUGAAGCAGCUUCCAUGAUGGUCGAAACCAGGUUUGCACUUAUGAUAGUGGACAGUGCAACAGCCCUCUAUAGGACUGAUUUCUCUGGUCGAGGGGAACUAUCAGCCCGACAGAUGCAUCUUGCAAAGUUUUUGAGGAGCCUACAGAAGUUAGCAGACGAGUUUGGUGUAGCGGUGGUGAUCACUAAUCAAGUGGUUGCUCAAGUAGAUGGUUCUGCCAUGUUUGCUGGGCCUCAGUUUAAACCAAUCGGUGGUAACAUCAUGGCUCAUGCUUCUACAACCAGGUUAGCUUUGAGGAAAGGAAGGGGUGAAGAACGAAUCUGUAAAGUAAUAAGUUCCCCGUGUUUGGCUGAAGCUGAAGCCAGGUUCCAGAUUUCUACGGAAGGUGUUAAUGAUGCUAAGGACUGAACGUGUUUCUAGCCAACUCCCACUUUUCUGUUUGAAGUUUGGCUCUUUGUGUCAUCAAUACACAUUUAUAGGAUGGAAUAGUACUAUAAUAGUCUGAAACUAAAUAGCUUUCAAGGUUCAACUCUUUAGGAUCUCUAAAAGUUUACAUAUGUUUGCUCUAAAUCAUACUAUACUGUACAACAGAA